CAUGGCGGCGCGGAUGUGACCGAAACGUUUGCGCUCCGGACGUUUCACCUUUUUAUCUCACUUUUUCUCGAGUAAAAAUCCGGUUUGAGGAGUUUGGAGGCGGCGCAGCGGCAGAAUGGCGUCCACCGCGGCGGGGAAACAGCGCAUCCCGAAAGUGGCGAAGGUGAAGAACAAAGCUCCGGCCGAGGUUCAGAUCACGGCCGAGCAGCUCCUGAGAGAAGCCAAAGAGCGAGAACUCGAGCUGCUGCCUCCGCCUCCAAAACAGAAGAUCACCGACAAAGAAGAGCUCAACGACUACAAGCUCAAGAAGAGGAAGGGUUUUGAGGACAACAUCCGUAAGAACCGCACAGUGAUCAGCAACUGGAUCAAAUACGCACAAUGGGAGGAGAGUCUGCAGGAGGUCCAGAGGGCCCGUUCCAUCUACGAGCGCGCCCUGGACGUGGACCACAGGAACAUCGCCUACUGCGGCAUCAAAGUGUCCAUUUUACAUGAGCUUCUGGUGUCGGCCGCGCCGCGUCAGCCAAUCAGGGACGACUAUCCGGAUACGUACAAGUACACGUACAUGGAGGAGAUGGUGGGGAACGUGGCGGGCUGCAGGCAGGUGUUCGAGCGCUGGAUGCAGUGGGAGCCGGAGGAACAGGCCUGGCACUCGUACAUCAACUUUGAACUGCGAUACAAAGAAGUGGACAAAGCACGAAGCAUCUACGAACGAUUCGUGAUGGUGCACCCCGAGGUGAAGAACUGGGUGAAGUUCGCUCGGUUUGAGGAGCGUCACGGAUACAUCGCCCACAGCAGGCGAGUUUACGAACGCGCCGUCGAGUUCUUCGGGGAGGAUUAUGUCGACGAGAACCUGUACGUGGCCUUCGCUCGCUUCGAGGAGACGCAGAAGGAGUUCGAGCGCGUGCGUGUGAUUUAUAAAUACGCUCUGGACAGAAUCCCCAAGAGUCAGGCCCAGGAACUGUUCAAAAACUACACCGUGUUCGAGAAGAAGUUUGGAGACCGACGAGGCAUCGAGGACGUGAUCGUCAACAAGAGGAGGUUCCAGUACGAGGAGGAAGUCAAGGUGAACCCUCAUAACUACGACGCCUGGUUCGAUUACCUGCGUCUGCUGGAGAGCGACGCCGACCCCGACACGGUCAGAGACGUUUACGAACGCGCCAUCGCCAACGUCCCGCCAAUCCAAGAGAAGAGACACUGGAGACGAUACAUCUACCUCUGGAUCAACUACGCACUGUACGAGGAGCUCGAGGUCAAGGACCCGGACCGAACCCGGCAGGUUUACCAGGCCUGUCUCGACCUCAUCCCACACAAGAAGUUCACUUUCGCCAAAAUGUGGCUUCUCUUCGCUCAGUUCGAGAUCCGACAGAAAAACCUCCAGGCGGCUCGAAAAGUCAUGGGCACGGCGAUCGGUAAAUGCCCGAAGAACAAACUUUUGAAGGGUUACAUCGAGCUGGAGCUGCAGCUGCGGGAGUUCGAUCGCUGCAGGAAACUCUACGAGAAAUAUCUGGAGUUCAGCCCCGAGAACUGCACCACCUGGAUCAAGUUCGCCGAGCUCGAGACGAUUCUGGGCGACACGGAGCGGGCGCGCGCCAUCUACGAGCUCGCCACGGGGCAGCCACGACUCGACAUGCCAGAGGUUUUGUGGAAGUCGUACAUCGACUUUGAGAUCGAGCAGGAGGAGUUUGAAAACACCAGAAACUUGUACAAGAGACUCCUGCAGAGAACCCAGCACGUCAAGGUGUGGCUGAGUUUGGCGCGGUUCGAGUUGUCCGUGGACCGGUCUGAGCGCGUGCAGAGGAGUCGUCAGGUUUACGAAGACGCCAACCGCAGCCUGAGAAACUGCGAGGAGAAGGAGGAGCGGCUCAUGCUCCUCGAGGCCUGGAGGGACUUCGAAGACCAGUUUGGAUCCGUCCAGAACCAGGAGCGGGUCCGAAAACUGCUCCCCGAGAAAGUGAAGAAGAGGAGGAAGGUGACGGCGGAGGACGGGUCGGAAGCCGGGUGGGAGGAAUAUUACGACUACAUUUUCCCCGAAGACUCGGCGAACCAGCCCAACCUCAAACUGCUCGCCAUGGCCAAGAUGUGGAAGAAACAGCAGGCGGCGCCCGACGACGAGGAAACGACCGAGGAAACGACCGAGGAAACGACCGAGGAAACGACCGAGGAAAACUCGCCCGGAAAACCGACGGACGAACCGCGAGGAUCACGCUCCGAGUCUUCAACGUCGUCCAGUUCUGAGGAAGACGAGGAGGAAGAGAGGGAGGAGACGGAGGAGACGGAGGCGAGGAAAUCUGGAAGAGAAGAGGAGGAGGAGGAGGAGGAAAGACAGGAGAAUGGAGAGAGCAGGAAAAGAGAACAGCAAAGGAGUGAGAGGGAAGAGGAAGAGGAAGAAGAGAGUCAAAGGAGGGAGAGAGGAGAGACUCGGAGGGGAAAGAGGGAUGAGAGAGGGGAGGAAGAGGAAGAAGAGGGUAAAAGGAGGGAGAGAGGAGAGACUCGGAGAGGA